AUCGCACCGAUCUCCCCUUCCUUUUGCUCUGGCAUCCUGUUCAGACAACUGGCGGUUCGUUUAUCAGGGAUCAGUCCAGAGAAACUUGCAAAGCAAACUGAAUUAGUAUAUAUAAGACAAACGGAUCAACAUCUCAAACUGGCAUGGCUGAUGAUGAAAGACAAAAGAAGUAUGGAGUGCCAAUCUACGGGGUUGCAUGGGUCCCACAUUGUGCAAUAAGAUUCGCUUCCAAACAGAUGCCAGAUGGAGAUGGUGGCAGUAAGGAUACCGCUGAUGACCUGUCUUCACUCCCUGCCCACAACUAUGUUGCCUUGGCUGGAGGGGGUGGUGAAGGGAGUAGCGGCAUCCCAAAUGCUAUUCUUCUUGUUCAAGUAGACUUCAAUUCCUACCUUUUAUCCGAUCAACCGGUGGCAAGGCUUGGAACUGGUACUGAUUUGCCUUAUAGGAUGGCUGCACACCCUGGAGGAGAAGGUCUCAUUUGUUCUUUUCCAGAAAAUUGCAGAUGGUUUGAGUGGGAUGCAGUAAAAAAAUCAGAUGAUAGUGCAUUAACCCUAAAAUCAUCCGAGAGAGUUCUUAAACAGUUGGAAGACAUUGGUCAGCAAUUAGCACUAACAUUUAACAGUGAGGGUUCUCUACUUGCUGUUGGUGGUGAGAAUGGCAAGCUAAGAGUUUUCAAAUGGCCUAGCAUGGAAAUUAUAAUUGAUGAGAUGGACGAUGAUUCUGUAAAAGAUUUAGAUUUCAGCCCUGAUGGCAAAUUUCUUGCAUCUGUGGGAAGUGGCUGUUGUAGGGUUUGGAAUGUCUCAACAUUAGCAUCUGUGAUUUCAUUGCAGAAGAAAGAUGAUGAGAAGUUUGGCUUUUGUAGGUUUUCACGAAGUAGUGACCAUAACCAGACAAUCUAUGUCACUGCAACACGGGCUCAAGGAGGAAGUAUUGUGGAAUGGAGCACCUCUUCAUGGGAGAGGAUGAGGUCAAAGUUGGUUGCUGGUUUCAGCCUUUAAUGUUUCAGCUGAUGGGAAGCUCCUUGCAAUUGGGACCAGUGAAGGCAAUGUUCGUAUCUUGAGGGCUGGCAACAUGGGGGUGCUUAAGAUUAUUAAGAAAGCACAUAUUGGUCCCACGACCGCAUUAGCAUUUUCUGAUGAUUCAAGGGCUUUGCUCUCUGUGUCGAUGGAUUCAAGUGCAAGGGUGACACUUACCACUGACAAUGGCAGUAAAAAUGGACUCAGCUUAUGGAUCAUUCUUUUCGUCAUUUUACUUGCAAUGGCUGUAUACUAUGCAAAACACGAAGGGAAACUCCCAUGGCUGCCCGAUUUCUUGGUCAAAUUAUAGACAAUAGCUGAGGUGCGUCUCCCAUUCCUGGUUCACACAGUUGAUUACAAUGAGAUACUUUUGUUGAGUUGAAAGCCAAACAUUGUACACUGUUUUUUGUACAGAAAAUCUGGGCUGAAUCAUUUUUCUCCUCUUAAAAUAGAUAUGAAUAAGUUCUGCACUUGAAAGAUUAAGACCCUUUGUAUGCUUUAAAUUGU